CUCACAUUUUCAGGGCUCAAAUUUUCUCAAAUCCAGCUCUCUCUUUUGUCACUCUUCUCCUUCCUCUUCUUCCCUUUUGUCCUUUUUUUCCCAUUUCUAGAGCUCUGCAACACUAAUAGUUAGUUGACACAAACAAUUGCGUGAUCUGUGUCGUUAUGGUAAUAAUGGCUUCUCCACCGGACACUAGCAAGACCAUAAAGCUGGAGCGGUACAACAGCUACCUCCGCCGCGUGAACAGCACCAAGCUGCUCAACGCCUCCUCCAAGCUCCUCUUCCGCGCCACCCUCCUCGUCGCCCUCGUCCUCAUCUUCUUCUUCACCCUCAACUACCCUCCCCUCUCUUCCGACCGGAACGGGGCCCACCACCUCCACAAAACCAACUUCCUCUCCUCCGCCUUCUACGGCGGGGGAGUCGGCGGCACCGCCUGGGAGAAGCAGGUCCGCCACUCCUCCACCCCCAAGCGCCCCAACGGCAUGUCAGUGCUCGUCACAGGCGCCGCCGGGUUCAUCGGGUCCCACUGCUCCCUCGCUCUCAAGAAGCGCGGCGACGGCGUCCUGGGGCUCGACAACUUCAACUCCUACUACGACCCGUCGCUGAAGCGGGCCAGGCAGGCGAUGCUGAAGAAGCACGAGAUUUUCAUCGUCGAGGCCGACCUGAACGACGGCCCGAUGCUGACGAAGCUCUUCGACGUCGUUCCGUUCACCCACGUGCUCCACUUGGCGGCGCAGGCGGGUGUACGCUACGCCAUGCAGAACCCCCAGUCCUACGUGGCGUCCAACAUUGCCGGGUUCGUCAAUCUCCUCGAAAUUUCCAAAGCUGCUAAUCCUCAGCCGUCGAUUGUCUGGGCCUCCUCCAGCUCCGUCUACGGCCUCAACACCGAGAACCCAUUUUCCGAGCUCCACAGAACCGACCAGCCCGCCAGUCUCUACGCCGCCACUAAAAAAGCCGGCGAAGAAAUCGCCCACACUUACAACCAUAUUUACGGCCUCUCCCUCACCGGGCUGAGAUUCUUCACCGUCUACGGGCCCUGGGGCAGACCCGACAUGGCCUACUUCUUCUUCACCAAGGACAUACUCCAAGGCAAGACCAUCGACGUAUACAAAACCGUCGACGACAAAGAGGUGGCGCGUGACUUCACCUACAUUGACGACAUAGUCAAGGGCUGCCUCGGCGCCCUCGACACCGCAGGGAAGAGCACCGGCAGCGGCGGAAAAAAGAAAGGCCCCGCCCAGCUGAGAAUCUACAACCUGGGGAACACGUCGCCGGUCCCCGUCGGCAGACUGGUGUCGAUACUGGAAGGGCUGUUGAGUACCAAAGCGAAGAAACACGUGAUCAAGAUGCCCAGAAACGGUGACGUGCCGUACACGCAUGCGAAUGUGAGCUUGGCGCUGCACGACUUCGGGUACAAGCCGACGACGGACCUGGCCUCCGGGCUGAGGAAGUUCGUAAAGUGGUACGUGAGUUAUUACGGGAUCGAGUCGAGGGUAAAAAAGGAAAGCGACAAUAAUUAUAAGAAGAUGAUGAGUCAGCAGCCCGAGGAAUCCGCUUGAUUGGAUCAUCAAUCAUCACUGAUCACAUGGCCCCCCUUUUUAAUUCUUCCUCCCUUAAAUUUUUUCUUUUUGCUGAAAUUUAAAAAAAAAAUCCAAUCCUGUUUUUUUCUUUUUUUUCUGGGGAAAAAUCCUAAGCUAUUGUUGUGUGGUCCUUGGUGUAUUGAAUCAUAGCUGUUCUUGAUGUAUCAUAUCAUAUAGAUAUAAAUUUUAUAGAAGAAGAAGAAGAAGAAGAUAAGUGUAAGAAGCAGAAAGGAUCUUCAAGAAAGUGUUUUUUUUUUUUUUUUUUUUUUUAUAGGAAGGGACACAAGGUGUAGAUCUGGGAUGGGGGUUGUAAUAAUGUGUGGUGGGGACUACUGGAAAGGAUGUAGAUCUCAGCCAUUGGAUGUGGUAUAAAGAGAAAUUUGUGAUUUGUAACAAACAACAGAAAUGACAUCAAGAAUCUUCUUUGCUCUUUUUC